GAGCUUCGUCCUGAGGAAGCCUCUGAAGAUGAACAUGGUGAAGAGGAUCAUGGGGCGGCCGCGCCAGGAGGAGUGCAGCCCCCAGGACAAUGCCCUGGGCUUGAUGCACCUGCGCCGACUAUUCUCCGAACUCUGCCACCCUCCCAGACAUAUGACGCAGAAGGAGCAGGAGGAGAAGCUCUACAUGAUGCUGCCUGUCUUCAACAGGGUUUUUGGGAAUGCGCCGCCAAGCACCAUGAUGGAGAAGUUCUCUGACCUGCUGCAGUUCACAACACAGGUUUCCCGCCUCAUGGUGACCGAGAUCAGACGCAGGGCCUCCAAUAAAUCCACUGAGGCGGCCAGCCGUGCCAUUGUUCAAUUCCUGGAGGUGAACCAGAGUGAGGAGGCCAGUCGCGGCUGGAUGCUCCUCACCACCAUCAACCUGUUGGCUUCGUCGGGGCAGAAAACAGUGGACUGCAUGACGACCAUGUCUGUACCGUCCACACUGGUCAAGUGUCUCUACCUGUUCUUCGACCUCCCACACAUGGCGGAGGCUCCCGUGGUCCCCACCGCGCCCCCUGCAACCCAGCCACUACCCUCUUUGACAUCUCCAACGCCUUCUCAGGAGAAGACGCCGGGCCCAGGCCACCCCCCCACUGAAGUUCCCCUGGCCGACCGCAGGGCUCUGCUCCAGAAAGUCUUUGUCCAGAUCCUGGUGAAGUUGUGCACGUUUGUGUCCCCCGCUGAGGAGUUGGCCCAGAAGGAUGAUCUCCACCUUUUGUUCAGUGCCAUCACAUCCUGGUGUCCCCCCCACAACCUGCCCUGGAGGAGGAGCGCGGGAGAUGUGCUCACCACCAUCUCUCGACACGGACUCAGCGUUAAUGUUGUCAAAUACAUACAUGAGAAGAAAUGCCUGUCCACAUGCGUGCAGAACAUGCAACAGUCUGACGAUCUUUCCCCGCUGGAAAUUGUAGAGAUGUUCGCCGGCCUGUCCUGCUUCCUCAAGGACUCCAGUGAUGUGUCGCAGACACUGCUGGAUGACUUUCGCAUGUGCCAGGGAUACAACUUCCUGUGUAACCUCAUGCUCAGGCUGGAGCAGGCCAAGGAGGAUGAGUCGAGGGAUGCUCUAAAGGAUCUUGUCAACUUGGUGACGUGUCUUACCACCUACGGUGUGACUGAGCUCAAACCCGCUGGCCUGACCACUGGAGCGCCGUUCUUGCUGCCGGGAUUCGUCCUCCCGCAGCCUUCGGGCAAAGGUCAGACGGUGCGCAACAUUCAGGCAUUCGCAGUGCUGCAGAACGCCUUUCUGCAGGCCAAGAGCAGUCGGCUGGCGUGCACGUUGCUGGAUGCGGUGGGCAGCAUAUAUGCCGCUGACCCGGCUAACUACUUCGUACUGGAGUCUCAGCACACGCUGUCCCAGUUCGCAGAACGUGUUGCCCGCCUGCCCGAGGAGGCGCAGGUCAAAUACUUUCAACUACUGGAGUUCGUGGUCUUUAGCCUCAACUAUGUGCCAUGCAAGGAGUUAUUCAGCAUCAGCGUGCUGCUCAAGGCCAGCGCCUCGCAUGCUUGCAGCGUGACAGCCGUGCGCGCCCUGCUGAGGAUGGCCCGGCACGACCCAGUCUUCGGGGACGUGUUGAGAGAGGUGGGCCUGCUGGAAGUGCUCGUCAACCUGCUGCACAAGUACGCUGCGCUCCUCAAGGACCCCGCCACGCAACAGCAACACAACAACGACCAGGCAGAGUGUAAGAACAACACAGUAGCCGAGGAGCCGAAGCAGCUGGCCUGGCUAGUCAUGGAGACGCUCACUGUGCUCCUGCAGGGCUCGCACACCAUGAACACCAACGCGGCGUUGUUCCGCGAGUUUGGGGGUGCGAGGUGCGUGCACAACAUCGUGAAGUACCAGCAGUGUCGCGAGCAUGCGCUCCUCAUCAUCCAGCAGCUGGUGCUGUCCCCCAGCGGCGACGACGACAUGGGCACGCUGCUGGGACUCAUGCACUCAGCACCGCCCACCGAACUACAGCUCAAGACUGACAUACUUAGGGCCCUGCUUUCCGUGUUGCGCGAGAGCCACCGCACACGCACCGUAUUCCGCAAGGUGGGCGGCUUCGUGUACGUGACAUCUCUGCUGGUGGCCAUGGAGCGCUCCCUGUGCUCGUGCCAGCCACCGCGACCUGGAUGGCACAGCGCCAAUCACCACCACCACCCCCAGAACACUAACCAGAACCGAGUGUUUGAGCUGCUGCACACCGUUUUCUGCACGCUCACCGCUGCCAUGCGAUACGAGCCUGCCAACUCGCACUUCUUCCGCACAGAAAUCCAAUAUGAGAAGCUGGCCGAUGCAGUCAGGCUGCUGGGCUGUUUCUCUGACACCAAGAAGCUUGGUCCCACCGCUGUCUUCCCAUCCAACUCAGAGCCCUUCCAGAGGCUUCUGGAGGAGGAGGCUGCCCCCGGUGGAGACAGCGUAUGUCCCACCCUCAGACACUGUGCUAAACUAUUCAUCUACCUGUACAGAAUGGCCACAGACUCCUUUGACAGUCGGGCUGAGCAGGUUCCCCCAUGCCUGACUCACGAGACUUCGCUGCCCUCACCCUGGGGUACGCCCGCUCUCGCCCGCAAGAGGCACGGCUACCAAGGUUCAUCAGGGCCCUCGGUGCCCGUCAAGCUGGUGACAGAGCUGAAGCUGCACUCCUCCAACCCCGUCCAUUCAGCCCCCUCCUCAUGUUCGGGGGGCGACAUGGUGGUCAUCCACCCAGGCGCCGUGCUGGCCAUGGUGGACCUGUUGCCUUCCGUUUCCUCCGAAAGCCAGCCGGAGCACGCUCUGGACCUCCAGCUGGCAGUGGCCAACAUGCUUCAACUGCUGGUGAACGGCGAGAGAAACCAGCAAGUUCUUUGCGAGGCUUCUCUGCACCAGCGUCUGCUGCAUCGAUGCAGCCAGGCGCUAGGCGACGAGGAUCACCCACUGCACCCGCCGCUGCAGCGCAUGUUUGAAAGACUUGCCUCGCAGGCGCUGCAGCCCAUAGCGCUCAGGGAGUUCCUGCGUCUGGGCAACCCUCUGAACUGUGGCGCAUGGGACAAGAAGCUUCUGAAGCAGUACCGUGUGCACAAGCCCAGCUCACUCAGCUACGACGUCGACAUGAGAGGAAACAUGACGACAUCCAUGGAGGGCUUCGGCGCUGACAGUGUGUUUGCCACGCCAGCUGAGGAUAGUGGCCAGUACAAUGGCCAGUACAACGGCCAAUACCGCAUCAGCCGCAGCCUGGUGCGCUCGGCCGAAGGCAGUACCGUACCACUCACACGUGUGAAGUGUCUCGUCUCCAUGACAACGCCACACGACAUACGACUGCACGGCUCAGCCGACACGCCUGCUUACAUCGAGUUUGAUGCAUCGCUAGAGGGUUUUGGGUGUUUGUUCCUUCCCAGCUUGGCUCCUCACAAUGCCCCGAGUAGUAACACCAGCUCCUCAGGAGUCAGCGAUGGCGACGUCAUCAGCGGAAUGGGGACAGGGGAACGUCUGUUUCCCCCACCAUCGGGUCUGAGCUACUCCACCUGGUUUUGCGUGGAGCGCUUCAGUGCGCCGUCGCAGAACCAUCCGGUGCGCCUGCUGACGGUGGUGCGACGUGCCACGUCAUCGGAGCAGCACUACGUGUGCUUGGCCGUGGUGCUGUCCGCUAAAGACCGCUCGCUCACUGUCUCCACCAAGGAGGAACUGCUGCAAACCUACUCGGACGAGUCUAGCGAGGAGUCGUCUUUCUACGAGAUCCUUCCAUGUUGCGCCCGCUUCCGCUGCGGUGAGCUGAUUGCUGAAGGCCAAUGGCAUCACCUGAUGUUGGUCAUGAGCAAGGGUAUGCUGAAGAAUAGCAUGGCCACGCUCUACCUGGAUGGACAGCUUGUCAACACCGUCAAGCUCCACUAUGUGCACAGCGUCCCUGGAGGCUCAGGCUCAGCCAACCCCCCCAUGGCCAGCACGGUGUAUGGCUACGUGGGCACGCCUCCUGCCCAGCGCCAGCUCUCGAGCCUGGUAUGGCGAUUGGGGCCAUGCCACUUCCUGGAGGAGGCACUUCCAGUUGCUAGCGUGGCCGCCGUCUUCGAACUGGGCCCCACUAAUGUGGGCAGCCUGCAGGCCGUCUACCUGCCCUGUAAGGAGUCCAAGGCGGAGAUGGUGCUGCCCACCCCGGUGGCGCUGGUGCCCGAGGAGAAGGUGUCCUUCAGCCUGUUUGCCGUCUCUGUGUCCAUGCUGACCGUGGCCAAGAUCAGGAAGGUCUACAACAAGUUGGACAGCAAGGCCAUUGCCAAACAGUUGGCAGUGUCCUCCCACGAAAAUGCCACGCCGGUCAAACUGAUCCAUAACGCGGCCGGCCACCUCAAUGGUCCUGCCCGCACCAUUGGCGCCGCCGUCAUUGGCUACUUGGGUGUGCGUGCCUUCUCUCCCAAACCAGUCGCCACCAACCUGCAGUAUGUGGGUGGUGCAGCUGCCAUCUUAGGUCUGGUUGCCAUGGCGUCAGAUGUGGAGGGCUUGUACGCUGCUGUCAAGGCACUGGUCUGUGUGGUCAAGAGCAACCCGCUGGCCAGCAAGGAAAUGGAGCGCAUCAAGGGAUACCAGCUGCUGGGCAUGCUGCUAAAGAAGAAGCGCUCUCUGCUCAACAGCCACAUCCUGCACCUCACCUUCUCCCUGGUGGGAACAGUGGACAGCGGCCACGAGACCUCCAUCAUUCCCAACACCACCGCCUUCCAGGACCUUCUCUGUGACUUUGAUGUUUGGCUCCACGCUCCUUACGAGCUUCACCUUUCUCUCUUUGAGCAUUUCAUCGAGCUUCUGACUGAGUCAAGUGAGGCAGCCAAGAACGCCAGGCUGCUUCGCGAGUUCCAGCUGGUGCCCAGGUUGCUGCUGACACUGAGGGACACGUCGCUGUCGCAGUCCACCGUGGCUGCCAUCAGUAACGUGCUCAGUCUGCUGCUGCAGGGCUUCCCCAACCCCUACGACCUGCUCAGGUUUGGUCAAUUCCUGUCGUCCACACUGCCCACAUUCGCUGUCUGCGAGAAGUUUGUGGUGAUGGAGAUCAACAAUGAGGAGAAAACUGAUGGAGGCAACGAGGACGACUUUGGGGGCCUGCUGUCUGCCAACCUCAUUCUGCUCAGGAACAGGCUGCUGGACAACCUGCUCAGGCUGCUCUUCACCACCAAGGACAAAACUGCUGUCAACACGCAGGCAUGCGAUGACCUGGUUCGUACCCUUGGCAUGGACUGGCUGCUGAUGUUUAUGGAGGAGCACCUACACUCCACCACGGUGGCAGCGGCCCUGUGGAUCCUCACCGUGCUUCUGUCCAACCCAGCCGUUCUCCAUCGCUUCAAGGAGGGUGCAUGUGGUGGAGGCUGGCUGGACCACACUGACUCAGUGCUCACCAACAAGAUUGGCACCGUGCUGGGCUUUAAUGUGGGGCGCAGCGCCAGCGGCCGGUCCACAGUGCGGGAGAUCAACCGUGACGCGUGCCACUUCCCAGGAUUUCCGGUUCUGCAGACACUACUGCCCAAGCACACCAACGUACCUGAGCUCUACUUCCUGUUGAUGGCACUCUUCCUGCAGCAGCCUGUCACUGAGCUGCCAGACAGCCUGCAGGUACAUUUUGACCUUGACUCCAUGUGGACGUUCAUCUUCGGUGUCCCAGCAUCCAGCGCUACUGUGGUGGGCUCCAUCCACACCUUCUGCACCGAGGCUGCUUUCCUGCUGCUCGCCAUGCUGCGAAGCAUGCUCAACCUGCCAUGGCAGUCCGAGGAGGAGGGCUCGUGGCUCCGCGAGUACCCAGUGACGCUUAUGCAGUUCUUCCGCUACCUGUACCACAACGUUCCCGACCUUUCUCCCAUGUGGCACAGUCCUGACUUCUUGUGCGCCCUGGCUGCCGCCGUCUUCCCCUUUAACAUGAGACCCUACUCCGAGAUGGUGAGCGACUUGGACGACGAGGCGGGCUCGCCCAUCGAGGAGCUGAAGGCAUUCGCCUCGGACUCGGGCAUGAACCGCAGCCAGUCUGAGUACUGCAACGUAGGCUCCAAAACGUCUCUCACCAACCACCCAGCCAAGAAGUACGUCUUUGACUUCAUGAGGGCACUCAUCAUGGACAACAUGUGCGUCACACCCGCCACCAAGCAGACUCCUGUCAUUGACCUGCUGCUAGAGGCGUCUCCGGAGCGUUCCACCAGAACUCAACAGAAGGAGUUUCAGUCCAACAUCCUGGAUGGUGUUAUGGAACACUUGCUGGCUGCUGAUGUUUUACUUGGCGAGGACUCAUCCCUGCCCCUCAGCAGUGGUGGAAGCUACCAGAUUUUGGUGCACAAUGUCUUCUACUUUAGCCAGCGCGUGGUGGACAAGCUUUGGCAGGGCAUGUUCAACAAGGACUCCAAGCUGGUCAUGGACUUCAUUGUGCAGCUAAUUGGACAGGCCAAGAGGCGUUCUCAGGGUCUGUCUCUGGACCCCAUAUACCACUGCCUGAACCGCACAGUGCUCUACCAGCUGUGCCGGCCCCACAAGACGGUGGCACAGCAGGUGGCACUGUUGGACGCACUGCGCGUUCUCACCGUCAACCGCAACUUGGUGCUAGGCCCGGGCAACCACGACCAGGACUUUGUGGCCUGUUUGGCGCACUGCUUCAUCUGCCUACACACCGGCAGCAACACGGAGGGCUUCGGAUUGGAGGCAGAGGCCCGUAUGACCACGUGGCACGUGAUGAUGUCACCGGAGAACGAGAGUGACGCGGCGCACAACCACGACGUCAGCGAAGGACGCCAGCUGCUGCUGAAGGCAGUGAACCGCGUGUGGACGGAGCUGAUGCACAGCAAGCGUCAGAUGCUGGAGGAUAUUUUCAAGGUGUCACUCCCCUGCAAUGACCGCGGCCAUGUGGACAUCGCCACGGCCCGGCCUGCCUUGGAAGAACCUGCUCUCAAGAGCUGGCAGAACCACCUGGUCCAUGAGAGGAAGUGCAUUAGCCGUGGUGAGGCUGCAGCUCCAGCGAUGGCGACCCAGUCCAAACUGUCCCGUGUCAGCAGUGGUUUCGGCCUUUCCAAGCUGACAGGCGUGCGGCGCCACAAGAAAGAGAACAGCCUGAACAAGAACAGCCUCUCCGCACAGGCCACUUUCCAGUGGAUGUUCACGCACAUCGCUGUGGUGAAAGACCUGGUAGCCAUGCAGUACAAAGAACACCAAGAGCGGCAGCAGAACGCGCUGAAGUACGUGACGGAGGAGUGGGCCUCCAUUGAAUAUGAGCUUCUUCGCGAGCGAGGCCUCUGGGGCCCGCCAAUUGGCUCCCACCUAGACAAGUUCAUGUUAGAGAUGACAGAGGGCCCGUGCCGAAUGCGCAAGAAGAUGGUUCGCAAUGACAUGUUCUACAUCCACUAUCCAUAUAUUCCUGAGACAGAAAACAACAUCAACUCUGCACAGAAACCUGUCCGCUACCGCAGAGCCAUCAGCGCUGACAGCAAAGAGUACUACAUGCGCCUACUGUCGGGCAACCCCGGAAUGUACCAACACUCGGUGGAGCACUGCAGCGAGGGCGAGACCACUCGGCACGAACCUGAGCACGGAGAGGACACCAUAGCGAGGGUCAAAGGUCUGGUGAAGGCGCCACUAAAGCGCUCUCGAUCGACGGCGGAUGGCGGUGACGAGGACGCUCAAGAUCAGAUCCAGGAUCAGCUUCUGGAGUCGGGUGGGCCAGAGGAGGAACAGCAGCAACGUACUGACAACACUGCAUUGCUGCGACUACUGGAGGAGGGCGAAAAGAUCCAGCAUAUGUACCGCUGCGCCCGUGUUCAGGGUCUGGACACUAGCGAGGGUUUGCUGCUCUUUGGAAAAGAACACUUCUAUGUCAUUGAUGGCUACACCAUGACCAUGUCCAGAGAGAUUAGGGACAUCGACACGCUUCCCCCCAACUUGCAUGAGGCCAUCAUCCCUAGAGGUGCGCGCCAGGGUCAGAGUCAGCUGAAGCGGACGUGCAGCAUCUUUGCUUAUGAGGACAUCAAAGAGGUGCACAAACGACGCUACCUGCUGCAGCCAAUGGCAGUGGAGGUUUUCUCUGCUGAUGGGAGGAACUAUCUGCUGGCCUUCCAGAAGGGUGUGCGCAACAAAGUCUACCAAAGGUUCCUUGCAGUGGUGCCUUCACUGGCUGACAGCUCCGAGUCGGUUUCAGGACAGAGGCCAAACACCAGUGUGGAACAAGGGUCUGGUCUCCUCAGCACUUUGGUGGGAGAAAAGUCUGUGACUCAGCGUUGGGAGCGAGGGGAAAUCAGUAACUUCCAAUAUCUGAUGCAUCUCAACACGCUAGCGGGUCGCUCUUACAAUGACCUGAUGCAGUACCCUGUCUUCCCUUGGAUCUUGGCUGACUUUGACUCCGAGGAGCUGGAUCUCAACAACCCCAAGACCUUCCGCAAUCUUGCCAAGCCCAUGGGGGCCCAGACAGAUGACAGGCUGACGCAGUACAAGAAACGCUACAAGGACUGGGAGGACCCCAAUGGCGAAACUCCCGCCUACCACUAUGGCACGCACUACUCAUCCGCCAUGAUUGUGGCUUCCUACCUGGUGCGCAUGGAGCCUUUCACACAGAUUUUCCUCAGACUACAGGGUGGCCAUUUUGACCUGGCCGACAGAAUGUUCCACAGCGUGCGGGAGGCUUGGCUGUCUGCUGCCAAGCACAACAUGGCCGAUGUCAAGGAGCUCAUCCCAGAGUUCUUCUACCUGCCAGAGUUCCUGCUCAACUCCAACAACUUUGAUCUGGGUGCCAAGCAAAAUGGGACCAAGCUGGGCGACGUCAUCCUGCCUCCGUGGGCCAAGGGCGACCCACGGGAGUUCAUCCGGGUGCACAGAGAGGCGCUGGAGUGCGAUUACGUGUCGGCGCAUCUUCACGAGUGGAUCGAUCUGAUAUUCGGCUACAAGCAGCAAGGGCCUCCUGCUGUGGAGGCUGUCAACGUUUUCCACCAUCUCUUCUACGAAGGCCAGGUUGACAUUUACAACAUCAACGACCCCCUCAAGGAGACUGCCACCAUCGGAUUCAUCAACAACUUUGGGCAGAUCCCCAAGCAGCUGUUUAAGAAGCCCCACCCACCUAAACGUGUGCGGAGCAAAGCUAACGGUGAUCCCACCAAUGUUCUGCCAAGCUCCACUGGCGACAAGAUCUUCUUUUAUCAUUUGGACAAUCUCAGACCCUCAUUGGGCCCUGUCAAAGAGCUGAAGGAGCCAGUGGGUCAGAUUGUGUGCACCGACAAAGGUAUCUUGGCCGUGGAGCAAAAUAAAGUGCUGACUCCGCCCACGUGGAACAAGACGUUUGCGUGGGGGUACGCUGACCUCAGCUGCCGCCUUGCAAACUACGAGUCUGAUAAGGCAUUGGUGGUGUAUGAGUGUUUGUCGGAGUGGGGUCAGAUUUUGUGCGCAAUCUGCCCCAACCCCAAACUAGUAAUCACAGGCGGAACCAGCACAGCCAUUUGUGUUUGGGAGACAGGAAUGUCCAAAGAAAGAGCCAAGACGCUCACGCUCAAGCAGGCGCUACUGGGCCACACAGAUGCCGUCACGUGUCUGACGGCGUCCUCUGCGUACCACAUUGUGGUGAGCGGCUCCAGGGACAGAACCUGCAUUGUGUGGGACCUCAACAAGCUUUCCUUCGUUACCCAGCUACGAGGACACCGCGCUCCCGUCUCCGCGCUGUGCAUCAAUGAACUCACGGGUGACAUCGUUUCGUGCGCAGGCACGUACAUUCACGUGUGGAGCAUCAAUGGAAGCCCCAUCGCCAGUGCCAACACCUUCACAGGACGCAGUCAGAACAUUGCAUGCUGCUGCGUAUCAGAGAUGAACGAGUGGGACACGCACAACGUUAUCGUCACAGGACACUCGGAUGGCGUUGUUAGGUUCUGGAGGAUGGAGUUCCUCCAAGUCCCAGAAACCCCUGCUCCUGAACCUAUAGAGCCCGAAGUUCCCGACUGCUGUGCAGAGGACAAACUUGAGGGUGGCGAUGAGGACAGCAGCGAAUCAGACGGAGAAGAAGAAGAACGACCAGGAAGUAGUCUGAGCCAUGAAGAGAAAGCUGUCCGGAACCCGUCUAGUCAGCCAGGCAGCCAGCCAGGCAGUGCUGUGCACAGACCGAGAGGUCCAUCGGCACGAGCUGGUGCGUCGUGGUCAAUGGACAGCGGCUCAGAUGAUUCCCACCGCUGGUCGGACAGCCUGAGCAUUGAUGAGAAGGACGGCUUUGUGUUCGUCAACUACUCAGAGGGCCAACACAAGGCUGUGCAUCGCCACCACACGCAACCUCACGGAAUUAGCGGCACCAACACUCAGCUUCUGCACCAACCUGUCGUGGAGGCUCGCACCUUCAACCAGCUCAGGGCAGGCUACAGGUGGGAGCGACAGCUGGUGUUCCGCAGCAAACUCACCAUGCACACGGCGUUCGACCGCAAGGACAAUGCGCAGCCUGCCGAGAUCAGUGCACUCGCCAUCUCCAAGGACCACAGCAAGAUUCUGGUGGGCGACGGGCAGGGACGCGUCUUCAGUUGGUCGGUGAGUGACCAGCCGGGACGCUCGGCCGCCGACCACUGGGUGAAGGAUGAGGUGGUGGACAGCUGCUCAGGGUGUGCUGUGCGAUUCUCCCUCACCGAGAGACGCCACCACUGCCGGAAUUGUGGACAGCUGUUUUGUCAGAAGUGCAGUCGCUUCCAGUCUGAGAUCAAGCGCCUGAAGAUUUCAUCUCCGGUGCGCGUGUGCCAGAACUGUUACUGCAACCUGCAGCACGAGCGCACCGCCGUCAACGACGAACACAAGAACUGAGCGCCCCCAUGCGCCCCUCGCCCCCACUCCAACCCAGGAAGAUGUUUAUAGUGUACAUACAUGUAACCACGGCCUUUUUAACUCCAACCACACACCCACAAAAAGGUCAAAUGUAACAUAGCGGACAUGAAAGAGAUAUGAAUGUCACUCAUGAAUAAUAAUGUCACUCGUUAUGCAAAAUUGUCUCCACUUUUUUUUCUUUUGCUGCUUUCUGAAGAGACUAGAUGGAGGGACAUGUUCAAAUAUCAUAUCUUAUAUCUGAAAAUAACUUUAUUAAUAAUGUCUGGUCAGUCUUGAGUAAGUGUACAGGAUUUUCUACAAAAAAGGACUUUCUUCUUGUAUGUUUUUUUUUUAUAUAAAUGUAUAUCAUUUAUUGACUGUGCCCACAGGCGUGAUUAUCAUCGUCAUCAUUACCAUCCUCAUGUUGAUUAAUCACAACAACAACAAAAAAUUGUUCUAGA